CAAUAAAAAUAUUUUGAGAAUAAAAAUCACUUACUGUGUCCUCUUCAUAUUAAAUAAAUGUUCUGUGAUAAGUGUUUCUUGUUCUUCGUGCGCUUUUAUCAGAAUUUGAAAGACGCUUACGCGCGUUGCACUUGAUAAUACUACCGAAAGCAGUCAUUUAAGAAACGAUAAUUGAAAAAACAACAACAAUAACAUUCAAUCAGCUCAAACGACACUCGACGAGACGUGAACGACAAUAAGAAAUCAACCAAAACAUCACAAAAACUAUCUUCGUACAACUUGAGUGAAAGUGGAACGAAAUUAAAACGGAAUAUUUUCAACGAGGUGAUUCGACUUUCAAAAGCAAAGAGAAAAACAAACAAAAACAAAUAAAAAAAACGUCAAAAAUAAAAGAAAAAUCAAAAAUAAAAAACUAGCUGCGAACAGCUCACACACCCCACUCCACAACACCAACAGCGCGCGUUUUGUGUAUUUGCGUGCGCGCGGCAGCCAGCAUAACACCACCACCACCAACUACAUACAGAACUUAUUUUGGUUUUUAUGGCAGAAGUUUGGAUUGCUGCAGUUAAUGUGCAGCAGCACAGCCAGCAGUUUUAAAAUCCGGCACAACGACAACAACAAUACCAACAACUACUACAACAACAACGGCUAUGAAAGAGACUAAGCAAACGAACAACAAAAUCACCGCCAACAACAACAACCAUAAGCAAACGUAGCGAAUUCGAAAGAAACAACAACAACAAGAAAAAACAAAAAACUGGCAUACAAAAGAGUAUAAUACUGUAUAAGUAGCAAUAGUAAAUGCAAAUAAAGCGACCAUAAGCGCAUGCAACAGCAGCAACAAACAUACAUACACAAAGAACUAAAAUCGUACAACAACGGCAAACCAAGCAGUAAAAACGUACAACAAAAUAACAACAACAACAACAAAACGCAAAGUAGUAAAAUCGUACAACAACAUAUUAAAAACAACAACAAAGUCUGCGAAUGCGUACAAAAAAAAUAGAAAGAGCUUACGCUUGGACACCUGCAACUCGCUGGAUUCAGGCGCCGCAUGCAGCACCAACCGCCACAGCUGCAAAGCUAAACAAAUAAAGAAAGAGGAGAUAAAAAAGUUUAACAAAAUUCCGCAGCAACUGCACAGCGCAGCAGCGAAGUGGCAUUAGCAUUCCACAUAUACUCACACACACUCAUACAUGCGCACACAUACAUAUGCGUGCAAUUACAGUUAGCAUAAAACGCGCUACUUUUUUCACUUUCGCGCGCCUCCUCGCCUAUCUGACUAACGCUCAUUGCAUUGCUCCUACUCGCUGGCCAUAAACGCAACGUCUCACCAACACUAACACCACCAACGUCACCAUCAUGGGUCAGUUUAAAUGUUGCUGCGUAGGCACUUUGUGGAGUAAUGUUUUUCUACUACUCAUCACAAUCGGCUACCGGAGCGGAAGCGGCAGUGGUACGCUCGUGUUUGCACAAGGCCAUAAUCAACCAGAUGAGCCGGAGCCGGAGUUCUUGGCGCAAUUGACCAACUUUUCAGUGCCGCAAGGGCGCGAUGUCUCAUUCACGUGCGUGGUCAACAACUUGGGCCAGUAUCGGGUUGCUUGGAUUAAGUCCGACUCGAAAGCAAUACUCGGCAUUCACACCCAUAUGGUGUCACUUAAUCCCAGAUUAUCAGUGACACACAAUGGGCACAACACCUGGAAACUUCACAUAUCCCACGUGCAGCUCAACGAUUCAGGCAGCUACAUGUGCCAGGUGAACACAGAUCCCAUGAAGAGUCUGUCUGGCUAUUUGGAUGUUGUAGUGCCGCCGGAUAUUCUAAAUCAUCCGGAACAAAAUCUCGAAGAGGGUAUCUGCAAUGAAGGUGGCACAAUCGUGCUCAUCUGUAGUGCUACAGGCGUCCCUGAACCGACUGUGCAAUGGCGACGUGAGGGCGCUAAGGAUAUAGUUCUACGAACGGAGACAAGAGAGAAACAAGUGGUCAAAACGGUGGAGGGUGAGCGGCUCGUGCUGACGAAUGUGCAUCGCACCGACAUGGGCGGUUAUUUGUGUAUUGCCUCGAAUGGUGUACCGCCGUCCGUGAGUAAGCGCUUCGACGUGCAUAUCAAUUUUCCACCGUCAAUUAAGGCUGUCAAUCAGCUGUUGGGCGCCCCCGUUGAACGUGAAGUCACACUUGAAUGCAUUGUCGAAGUGUAUCCGAAACCGCUCAAUGGCUGGUAUCGCAACGAAGGUAACUUAAAACUGCAUAGUAGCAACAAGUACAACAUAUCGGAGGCCAUGAUUAACUUGUACACGUGGCAUCUCAACCUGACAAUACGUCAUCUGACAAAGGCCGACUUUGGCGCCUACACUUGUUCCAGCGUCAAUGCGUUGGGCAAAAGCGAAGCGCGGAUACGGCUGCAAGAACUGCGUUUACCGCCCAAACCGACAACAACGCCAACACCUUACGUUUACACCACGCCGAAGCCGCGCCGCAAACCGCCAACGAACCAUCAGAACAAAGGACUCAACGAAGUGGUGCGCGCCAAGGAGACCCAUCACGUCACAAAUCAAAUGCAGGAAAAUGACAUCUACACCGGUCUGAGUGGCACUGGCGGUGCCUUCUUUGGCAGUGCCAACACGCUCAGCAGCAACGGAGCGCUGGGCGAUGCUGCAAUCGUUGCCCUAGGUAACGGUAAUGCGAAUAGCAACAACAACAACAAUGGUAAUGGCAACGGCAACAUCAUCAGCUUGAAUAGCGGCCUGACAAACGGAGCGGAAGUACACACACAACUACCGACACGUAAUGCUGGUGUCUACGAGAAAACGCAAAAAUCGUCGACCGGCGUCGUACCCUCACCGCGCUCUCCGUGGGUCUUCGCGAAUGCUGCAGCGCCACAAAUGCAUUUUAACGCACAGCGACUACUGCACGCGGCAAAUACGAUUACACUCCUCUACGUCGCAUUAUCCUUGUUCAAAUUCAUAUCGAAUGAGUUGUCCGUCGCCACGCUCACAGCCACGACACUAUGGCGAGCGAAUAUCUGAAGCGAAGCACAGCGACGACGGCAACAAGCAAGCGACGAUAAUAAGAGCAUAACAAUAACAACAAUAAAACGGUGGCGACAACAACAACAACGCAUUCUCAAAGUGUGUGGUAUUCGGUUGUUGCUCGUGGCAAGUUGGAGUUGGGAAUUCAUCGUCGCGAGUGCUACUUCGUACCGAAGGUGAACUGACUUGAAAAAACAACAACAAAAACAAUAUCACGGAAUUACAUAAAUAACAAGAAUUAUACGUAUUAGCAGUUAAGAGCAAACAUAUACACACACAUACACAUAUGUAAGUACAAUACGAAAUAAACAUAAGUUAAUGUUUAAAGUUAAGAUUUAAGUUGAAAUCGCAUACAUAUAUAGAUACAUACAAACACUCAUAUAAGUAACGCAAUAUCAUCAAAUGCAUAUGUGUGUUAUAAUCAU